CAGGUUCUACACAUCAGGAAAGAUAGGAAAUGCCGUAUGAAAAUAGGCGGCCAAAAGUUGCUAGUAAACUGCAGCCAGGGAGACUCAGACUAGAGUGGAGGUAGAAAGAGUUGCUACAGAGUGGGUUUAGUUCUGGCUGACUUUUUGUUGCUCACUUACUGAAUUUAGACAUGUGUUACAUGGGUCAUGUGAGGACCAGAGCAGCACCAGCAUCAAAAUAGUGCCAGGCCGUUCUGAAUGCCAUGGUGUAUAUGUACUCAGAGUAGUUUUGUCAAAGAAGAUAAAGAGCCCAGCAUAGAUUUUAUCCUCAUCUUCACCCAACUACAAAAUCAAAGUUAAGCAACAACAUCUAAGAGCCCUUUUCAGGGGGACAAGAACCUAGAGGAUGGCUCUGAAUGAUUGUUUGCUUUUGAACUUGGAAGUGGACCACUUCUUGCACUGCAACAUCUCCAAUCACAGUGCAGAUCUCCCCACGAAGGACGACUGGUUCCACCCAGGGAUCUUCUAUGUCAUCCCUGCCAUCUAUGGGGUCAUCAUUCUGAUAGGCCUCGUCGGCAACAUCACCCUGAUCAAGAUCUUCUGUACAGUGAAGGCCAUGCGAAAUGUGCCCAACCUGUUCAUCUCCAGUCUGGCCUUGGGAGACCUGCUCCUCCUGGUAACGUGCGCGCCCGUGGAUGCCAGCAGGUACCUGGCCGACAGAUGGCUGUUUGGCAGGAUUGGCUGCAAACUGAUCCCCUUUAUACAGCUCACCUCAGUCGGGGUGUCUGUCUUCACACUCACGGCUCUCUCGGCGGACAGGUACAAAGCCAUCGUCCGGCCAAUGGAUAUCCAGGCCUCCCACGCUCUGAUGAAGAUCUGCCUCAAAGCUGCGUUGAUCUGGAUUAUCUCCAUGCUUUUGGCCAUCCCGGAGGCUGUGUUUUCUGAUCUACAUCCCUUCCAUGAGGAAAGCACCAACCAGACCUUCAUUAGCUGUGCCCCAUACCCACACUCUAAUGAGCUGCACCCCAAAAUUCACUCCAUGGCUUCCUUCCUGGUCUUCUACGUCAUCCCACUGUCGAUUAUCUCUGUCUACUACUACUUCAUUGCUAGAAAUCUGAUCCAGAGUGCUUACAAUCUGCCUGUGGAAGGGAAUAUACAUGUCAAGAAGCAGAUUGAAUCCCGGAAGCGCCUUGCCAAGACAGUGCUGGUGUUCGUGGGCCUCUUUGCCUUCUGCUGGCUCCCCAACCACAUCAUCUACCUGUACCGCUCCUACCACUACUCUGAGGUGGACACCUCCAUGCUCCACUUCAUCACCAGCAUCUGCGCCCGCCUCCUGGCCUUCACCAACUCCUGCGUGAACCCUUUCGCCCUCUACCUGCUGAGCAAGAGUUUCAGGAAACAAUUCAACACCCAGCUCCUCUGUUGUCGGCCUGGCCUGAUGACCCGCUCUCAUAGCACCGGCAGAAGUACCACCUGCAUGACCUCCUUCAAGAGCACCAACCCCUCUGCGGCCACCUUUAGCCUCAUCAAUGGAAACAUCUGUCAUGAAGGGUACGUCUAGGCUGAUCCUUGACCCUGUCGCCCCAGGGGUCCCCGGUUUUGCUUUAUGGCUAAAGAACCCUCACAUCUGUUGUUGUCUCUAUACCCUCCAAAGACCCUUUGGAAGGCUAUGAGUUUGUAGGCAGGUUGCAGAGAAGCCCAAAUGGAU